AUGUCUGGUCACAGCCGCCGCAGCAGCAGCAGCAGCGACGGACAGAGGCAAUGCCACCGCCGCGCCGGCGUCACCGUCGACGUCGAGCUCGACGCCGCCAUGGCGCUCGCGGACAUGGCCGGCGCCUCGCCGGGACAGCCCGAGGCGCCGCCGCCGCCGCCGGAGCAGCACGCCGCACAGGCGGCGGCGAAGGCGGAGCAGGAGGACGAGGCGGAGCUGGCGAGCACGAGGCUGAGCCUUGAGCUGGGCAAGGUCGGCAUCCAGUCGUCGUCGCCAUGCUCCAGCAGCUCCAGCGCCGGCCACCCCGCGCUCCAGCCCGCCGCGGCCACGGCGGCGCCGGGCUACGGCCCCAGGCCCCGCCACAUGCUCACCGAGGCCGAGAAGGAGGCGAAACGGCUCCGGCGAGUGCUCGCCAACCGGGAGUCCGCCCGGCAAACCAUCCUCCGCCGCCAGGCGAUCCGAGAUGAAUUGGCGAGAAAAGUCGCAGAUCUGUCGUCGCAGAACGAGACCAUGAAAAAGGAGAAGGACGUGGUGAUGCAGGAGUAUCUGUCACUGAAGGAGACAAACAAGCAGCUGAAAGAACAGGUGGCGAUCAGGACGAGCAAGAAGGUGGCGGCGUCGGUGGCGGAGCCGAUGGACGUGUCGCCGCCGGUGCAGGCCGUGCAGCAGCAAGCGGAGGGCGUGGCGACGACGGCGACCCCGCCGUCGACGCCGCCGCAGCCGGGGUUCCUGUACACCGCGGCGCCGCCGGCCGUGCCGGUGCCGUACGUGUGGGGGUCGUGGCCGGGGUACGAGCACGACAACCCCGGCGGCGGCGCGGGGCUGGCGGCGCCGCCGCUCUGCCUCCCGCCCUGCGCGUGGUACUACCCCGUCGUCGCCGACCCGCGCGGGACGUCGCCGCCGGCGUCGACGUACCCGCAGCCGUUCCAAGAGCAGCCGACGAGCAGCCCCGGCGGCGGGACGGCCGAGGAGGACACCGACGACGACCCGUGCUCGCUGACGCUCGCCAUCGACGUCGACAAGCGGGGCGCGUCAUCGAGCGCUCCUACCUCCGGCGCCGGAUCAGCCGGACACCACGUCCCCCUCACCGACAGGGAGAAGGCGGCGACGGCGGCGGAGGCGCGGAAGAGGAGGAAGGAGCUCACCAAGCUGAAGCAGAUGCACGGCGGCGGCGGCCCCCGCCCCGGCGGCGAGCACUGGUGA